AUGGCGGCGCCGAGCGGCUACGACAAAAUGGCGACAGAAGUGGCGGAGGAGUACAUGCAGGUGGUGGUCGGCGAGGACUUGGAGCCCGGGCAGCAGGUGGUGGUCCUGCAGGGGGCGGCCGGGGAGGAGAUGAGGGGGGCGGCCACCAUCAGUCCAGAGCUGUUGCAGACCAUCGCCCACACCGACACUAUCUACUAUGUGCAGCCCGACGGCAGCCUGGUGCCCGGGGGAACCCUGGCCGAGGUGACGGGGGGAGGAGGGGCCACCAUCGGGGCCCCUAGCAUGAUGGACGCCGCCCUACAGCUGAAGAACGUGGCGGACCAUGUGGCCCUCAAGCAAGGAGUCCCCAACCAGGUGACCAGGAUCCUCAACCAGAAGCAGCUCAAAUCCAUUUGUGUCCAAGUCCCAGGCUUGAAGCCUAAGGAGAGCAGCGAAUCGGUGAGCGCAGAAGAAAACCCGCCUCCCCCCAUGAAUGUGAAACCUAAUAAUGGCAGUGUUGUCACCACCCAGGUUGUACAGGUGAAGACGGUCUCUCAGCCAUCGCAGCCGUUUGUCGUCAAAGCCAUGCAGCCUCCCAUUCAAGUUCUGAUCCAGCAAACUCCAACACAGUCAGCCCAGGUGAACGCACCAGACCCCGAUGGCAAUGAGGGCGGGGAUUCUGCUGAGGAGCAUGGGUGUUGCGUAGCUCACCAUCAGUAUAGCAGCAAUGCCUCAGGCACCACCAAGAAGGGACAGAAGCGCAAAAAGCCCAUUAAGAUCAAAACCCGUUCGGGGCGCGUCUCCCGACCUCCCAAACACAAGGCCAAAGAUUACAAAUUCCUUAAAGUGGGAGAUUCAAUUCAGGACAGCUCUGUGGAUUCUGACGAUUAUUCGGAGAUGAGCUCGGAGGAUGAAGAUGAUGGUGGCAAAGAGAGAGCACCUAGAGACCGGCAGCCCUACGCGGUUAAAAACUCCCUGUUCCAGUGUCAGAAAUGUGAGAAGUCCUACAUGGGCAAAGGAGGAUUGUUCCGCCACUACAGACUCUACCCCGCCCAUGGACAGAUGGAUUCGUCAUUUCUUUUGGAAGGCAAAAAAGGUGGAGAUGGUGGAGGCACAGGGGAACAGAAGAAGCCCACCCCAAGGCCUCGAAAGAGAUUGUUGGAAGAUCCUGCGACCCCCAGCGUGUCCAGCCAGCAGACUUUGGCUAGGGAUGGUUUGGAGAUUGUACAAGUGACAACGCCAGGCAGAGGUCGUCGGCAGAUGUCCGGGAGGAGGUUUGGACGUCCUCGUAAAAUAUUGCGUAAUGGAACCGUAGAAGAACAUGCAUUGUCAGUAAAAGAACUGAUCCAGCAGUGUGAAGAUAAGGAUUUAAAAGAACAAGUAGCACCAAGUUUUACCAAGCUGCUGUCGGUCUAUGACUUUUUGCUUCUGAAGGUGAAACAAGAGCAUGUGGACAACAAACCACUGUUUCCUCAUGUUUACAGGGAGUUUGAAAAGCUACAUUCCAUGGUCAAGAACAUGGCUGAGGAAUAUGUCAUCAACAUGGAUCAAAAUGUUGAAAAACCUCUUGAAGUAACUGAUAGCAAGGUGGCAGAAUCACUGGGCAUUUCCAAAGAGAUGACGGUCAAUGCAGCCUCAUCCUCUUCUUCAGUUACGGUUGAGAAGGAGACACAGAUUGAGGAACAUGAAGGCGAGUCUUCAGAUGAAGAGGCUGAGGAGCCGCCACCAAAACGAUUGAAAAUCGAUAACAGCCAGGAUGUGGCAGAAAACAUGACUGCAGGAAUUGGUGAGACAGAGCAAUGUGUAGAUCUGGAACAGCUUGGUAACAAUCAAGUGACACUCCAUUCAACAACGGACUCUGGUACUGCCACUGAAAGUGAAGCAUUGGAACAAGCAACUGCUAUUGCACCGAAUGAUUUACUGGUGGAAGGCACAGAGAGUCUGCAAGCACAGACGGACACUGAGACUAAUGAGGAUUUGCAGGAACCCUUGCCUUCUCCACAAAGCACAGAUACUUCCCAGGACCUUCCUCUCAAUCUUUCCUGUCAGUUUGCAGAGGAGAUUCUGAGUCUCCAAACUCAUGCCAUCCAAAACACAAAGGAGACCGAUGAAGCAGAGCCUUCUGCAAACCUUUCUCCAGCCUGUGACCAGCAGACCGAACCAGUUGAUUCUGAAAUACCUUGCGAUGGCAGUCCAGUUUCUGUUGACUGUUCACAGAUGGUGGAUGACCCAAGAACUGUCAUCAGUACUUCUGUUCCAACAACUUUAGCUGAGGCAAUGUGCAGAGAAGCCCCCCAGGUGUCCUUUGUGGAGGUGGGAGGCACUUUGAUCCCUACCACCAACACUUUCACCACGGGAAGCUUGAAUGUGAGUGGGGUCACUCCAGCUUUUAGUUUAAAUCAUGGACAGGAACUUGUGUUUAUUCACAGUACAGAAGAAGCCACCACAGAAGAGGCAGUUGUGAUAUUUGACAGCACGGGAGCCACAGAAACGCACUUGGACACAGUGGUGGCUUUGGUGGAGAUGUAG